UCAACCAUUGACGGGUGAAGAGGAGGCGGGCUGAGACUUGCUAAGGAAGUGACGUAAGAAACCAGCGCCAAGGAACAAGCGAGCUAGGUGUCAAGGCGGGCCAUGGCCCCUCGACGGCUCCUAUUGGUCGGGGAGGGGAAUUUCUCCUUUGCUGCUGCUCUGAGCGAGACCACGGAUCCGAGAUCUAGUAUAACUGCCACCUGUCUCCAACACCCCGCCGACUUGGCCCGUGAUCCAGUGGCCCGCGAGAACCUGCAGCGCCUCCGCAAGCGAGGGGCCGAGGUACGUUUCGGUGUGGACUGCACCCAACUGGCAAAUGCCUUUGAACCACACAACCGGAAAUUUGAUCGAAUUUAUUUUAAUUUUCCUCACUGUGGACGCAAAGCUGGUGUAGCUAAGAACAGGGAACUGCUUGCCAAGUUUUUCCAGAGCUGUGCGGAUGUUCUUGCGGAGGAAGGAGAAGUUCAUGUGGCACUGUGUAGAGGACAAGGUGGUACUCCUGCUGACAAACCCCAGAGAGAAUGGCACAACAGUUGGCAAGUGGUUGCCAUGGCAGCUCAGGGAGGUCUCAUUUUAAGUGACGUCCUUCCCUUCAGCUGUGAAGCUGUGCCAGGAUACAAGUGCACUGGAUAUAGGAGUCAAGAUAAAUCCUUUCAUGUAGAAGGUGCUUUGAACCAUAUCUUCACCCAGAGCUUACCCUUUGACGGUUCUCAACCCAGAAUCUUCAGAAUCAAGCUGAGAGACAAGUGUUUUUCCUUUGUAGAACCAGAAGCCCUUGCAGGAAAGCUGAACAGGGGUUUUCUGGAAGCAUCUUCAUGUCAUCCUAUCAAAACCAUAAAUGAAAAACUCAUUGCUGAAUUGGGCUCAGCUUUCCCUCUGAAAGUGCUGAAGUGUUCUUCUACCCUACUGCCACAGGAGAGCACCAAUGUUUGCCCUUCCUGGAAUUAUGACAUUCUGUCUGCCUUCUGGGUCAGUCUCUAUGAAGAUAACUUAAAUUCCAUGUCUUUGACUGGUGAAACAACACAAGAAGUGGAGGGCUCUCUGGUGUCAUUUUCAGAACUUAUCCUUGCUAGGAAGCCCAGAGGAGAUGAUAACGAAGAAACUCCUGAAGGAGUCUAUGGACAAGUCAAGGUCUGUCUUAGAUCUUCUCUUCUAGUUCAUGUUCAGGCUGUCAUUCAAGCACCAGACUUCCUCCCAGGUUCUUUGCACAUCCUCAGUGGACCCGUUUUUCGAAAGUGCCACAUUUUGCCAUUCACAAUGCCAGCAUUUCAUGAGACUUUAGUUAUCUUUGGGGUCAAUCAGAACCUGAAGCAUGACUGCCUUGUAUCAUUGCUGGAUCACCUAAAAGCUACUCUGGAGACUCUUCUCACCCAGACACUGCCAGAGGAUGCUAAGCUAAGCAGUUCAGUGGAGUUUGUCCUUCAACCAAAUAGAAAAGAUUAUAUGAUUCAUGUGAAGUCCUCUAAUUUUGGCUCACAUUGUGUGAAAGAUCUGAUUAUUGGGGCUGUCAUCACAUCUGCUACAAGCAUUACACAUAAGGACCAAUGUUUUGUGGUUGUAUCUAUAAACUUGGACUUAUUAACUAUGCUUGUCUGGAGUAUCUAUGACUGGAGAAUGUUGUGGACCUUUGAUAACCGUUUCCUGAAAAAUUUUGUCCCUGAGAAAACAGCACCCUUUAAAAGCUAUUCCCUGUAUCCUCCAUGCUAUGUGCAUGAUAUUAGUUUUUGGUUAGAUGAACAGAAAGGAUUUGAUGAACUAGAGUUUCACACUGUGGCCCGAGCAGUGUCCCAGGAAACUAUUACAUCCAUACAGUUACUUGGUCGUUUUCAGCACCCAAGGACUGGACAGAUCAGCUUAUGCUAUAGAUUAACCUACCAGACAUGUGAUAAGGCCCUUACCCAGCAACAGGUCGCAUUAAUGCAGUUUCAGUUUAGAAAAGAGAUUCAAAAACGACUACAUGUUAUACCUCGAUAAUUUAGUAAAUUCACUUCUACAGUAUGAUCCUUCAUUGGGUACGGAUGAAAAAGAAUAGCUUAGAAUUGGUUGUGUGUCCUCCCUAGACU